AUGUCGUCCAUGCGAAAUGCUGUCGAUCGGCGCGUCCAUCGCGAGCGUGCGCAGCCUCUGGAGCGCCGUCGCCUGGGUCUUCUCGAGAAACACAAGGAUUACUCCAAGCGAGCCAAGGACUACAACAAGAAAAAAGCUCAGCUCAAGUCGCUGCGCGUCAAGGCCGCCGAGCGCAACGAGGAUGAAUUCUACUUUGGCAUGAUGUCCCGCAAGGGCCCCGGCUCCCGCAUCAAAGACGGCAAGAGUUGGAGCGGCACGGUUCAGGGCGACCGCGGAAACAAGGUCCUUGACAUGGACACGGCGAGGCUGCUCAAGACGCAGGAUAUGGGCUACAUUCGCACCAUGAAGCAGGUAAUCACGAAAGAGAUUGCCAAGCUCGAGGAGCAGGUCGUCAUGACGAGAGGCAUGGAUCGCCUGGGCGAGGACGACGACAACGGCGACGACUUUGAUGGCUUCGACAGUGACGAGGACGAACCUGUGCGUAAGCCGUCAAAACCCAAGGCUGCGCGGAAGAUUCUGUUCUUUGACGACGAGGAUGCACAGGAGGACGCUAUGGAAGAGCAUCUGGAACUUGAAGAGCGAGAAGCCGAAAAAGAGGACGGCAAGCAUGGCGAGGAAGAAGAUUCCCAGGACACGGAGCGAGAAAAGUCGCUGCGGAGACUGAGACGGCAGCUGGAGAAUGCGCGAAAAAAGGUCAAGGUUCUGACGGACGCCGAGGAGGCCCUCGAGGAACAGCGCGCAAAGAUGGCCAAGACGGCGACGUCGGGCGGCACGACGAGGCGUGGCAAGAAGAUUGUGGUGCGCGCGCGCAAGAGGUAG